CGCGGUCCAGCUGUGAGCUCAGCUGCUACACCAACACUCAUCACAUCCAUAACUUGCCUCCGAGUGCGCCAGGAGAGGACUUGUGCGCGCUUUGGGGUCGAUCAGUAAGGCUACGAAAUAUCAGACUCAGCUCCAACUCCGAAGAAGGAAUCCGAGUGUAUGUGUUCUCUGAUGACUUCUUGUGGGCUUCGAUCACUGCCGCCUCGAACCGCAGGACCUAGUGUUCCCACUUGGUAGCCGAACAGACGUAGUGAGUUCGGUGGCGCUGGUGAUGUAACGCUUUUUCGUCUGAGAGCUCACUCCACAAUCACUACUGCGUCUCAUCUCAGAGCAUGGGACCCUUCAAACUCUAAAAGCAAGAGGCACGCGAGUCAGACCGCGGAGAGGGAAACGAGGGGAUAAACAGAGAGGAAGGGAACAAUGGAGUCCAUAUCAUCAGAACAAUCUGCCACGGUGGACGAGCUGGUGGAAGCAUGCAUCCAGGCCUUCGAUGAGAAGGGCACUUUGAAGGAUACUCCCCUGGUGCGCAUGUUCCUCAUGAUGCAUCCUUGGUAUAUUCCUUCAACUGACAUGGCUAAGAAGCUUGUGCUUAAAUCUCAAGAUGAGAGCUGCACUGCCGAGCGCCGAACAAAAAUAUGCCACCUUAUGAGGUACUGGAUUUCUGAGUUUCCCGCAGAGUUCAAUCUGAACCCGGAGCUGGCAGACCAGAUCAAAGACUAUAAAGACCUCUUGACCACCGAGGGCAAUGAGCGCCAGAGUCAGCUCAUUGACCUCGACAGUGUGCCAUCCUAUAAAUGGAAGCGGCAGGUGACUCAGCGUGUCCCGUCCGUGUCCAAAAAGAGGAAGAUGUCCCUGCUCUUCGACCACCUCGAUUCUUGCGAACUGGCCGAACACCUCACCUACCUAGAGUACAAAUCCUUCUGCAAGAUCCUGUUUCAGGACUACCACAGUUUUGUGAUGCACGGCUGCACGGUGGAUAACCCCAUCCUGGAACGCUUCAUCACACUCUUUAAUAGCGUCUCCCAGUGGAUCCAGCUUAUGGUGCUCAGCAAGCCCACCGCCCCGCAGAGAGCCGCUGUCAUCUCCCAUUUCAUCAGAGUGGCACAGAAGCUACUGCAGUUGCAGAACUUCAACACACUGAUGGCGGUGGUGGGCGGCCUCAGCAACAGCUCCAUCUCUCGUCUCAAAGACACGGAGACCCACAUCAGUGCAGAGACCAACAAGGUUUUCAACAACUUGAUUGAACUGGUGACCUCAUGUGGGAACUACAGCCAAUACCGCAAGCGCUUCUCGGAGUGCUCGGGCUUCCGUUUCCCCAUUCUUGGCGUUCACCUGAAAGACCUGAUAGCUGUGCAUGUGGCACUGCCAGACUGGGCUGACAAAGAGAAGACACGGGUCAACCUGGCCAAGACCCAGCAGCUGUAUGCCAUCCUUCAAGAGCUGGCGCUCAUCCAGACCACACCGCCUAACGUCGAUGCCAACACGGAUCUGCUCAACUUGCUUACCGUAUCUCUGGACCAGUACCACACGGAGGAGGAGAUCUACCAGAUGUCUCUACAGAGGGAGCCUCGUAAACCAGCUCAGAACUCCAGCCCUGCCCCCGCACCUGACCCCAAGCCCACUAUGAUCGAUGAGUGGGCCGUGUCGGUGAAGCCCAACGCCGACCCGACCAUCAUCAAGAAACACAUCGAGAAGAUGGUGGAGUCAGUCUUUAAGAACUUCGACGCAGAUGGCGACGGCCACAUCUCCAGGGAUGAAUUCGAAGCAAUCAGGAACAACUUCCCUUACCUCAGCAAGUUUGGAGAACUGGACAAGAAUCAAGACGGGCAGAUCAGCAGAGAAGAAAUGAUAGACUACUUUAUGAAGGCCAGCUCCCUGCUGAACUGCAAGAUGGGCUUCAUCCACACUUUCACUGAGACCACCUACGUCAAGCCCACAUUCUGCGAGCACUGCGCCGGCUUUAUAUGGGGCUUCUACAAACAAGGCUACAAGUGUAAAGCCUGUGGGGUGAACUGCCACAAGGCCUGCCGGAGCCGCCUGGCCGUCGAGUGCCGGAAGAGGACCAAGAGCAUCAGCCACGAGACACCGCCGGCCCUCCAGGCCCGAUCCUACAGCUUCCCUCCGCCUGCCAACACCCCGCCCAGCCUGCAGAACACUGUAAUCGCUGAAGAGGACAUAGAGUCAGUGGAGGAAGGAGUAUUUGAUGUCCACCUAUAACCAGGAGCCUCGAACUGAAGAGCGGUUUUGAUGAACAGGCCAGUGACAGUCUUCAGCUCUCAAUUUUUAGAAUCCCUCCUACGGUUGGUGUGCAAGAGGCCAAAUCAGCGACUGUCAGGAGCCAGACAGAGAAUGUGUUACAGUGUGUCAGUUUUUACAACCCCUCAGCUCUGAGGAGAAAUUGCACUGAACACAAGCCAGGAAAACCUACAUGCUGCCACACAGUGGACACAUACCGCAACCGCACUCCCCCUCCGACCCAACUCACAUGAAUGUGGCGACCGAUGUGAAUGGAAACGUCUUUGUAUGGAUUCCGUGUAAAAUCUUUUGCAGUCUGUGUCAGCAAAGAGUGUUAGUGUAAAAUCUUACUAUAUAUAUAUAAAACAACUAAAUCCACAAAAUUGUAUUUUCUUGGUGGAAUGUUAAAGUCACUGAAGUUGAUAAUUUGAGCACACUUUGCUGCAGGCUGUCUUUUCUUUUGAAACAUAAAAGAGGUGCUGUUAUUGCCAAGAAUGUAAAGCUGCCACCCAGACUAAGCUACGAUCUCCUUUAUCUGAGAAGCUUUUUUUUUUUUCCUCUUUCUUUCUUGUUUUGUUUAUCAUAUUGUCUUGAAAUACAUUUCAGUGGACCAACAAUGGGACCAAUUUUGAUGUCAGAUAAAAUAUUGUUGAUUUGUGGUGCCCGUCUGAAGUGUGAUGACAAAAACGGCCAUUUUGCCAACAAAAGAAACAGCUGAAAUAACCGUGUAGACAGCUAUAAUUAGGAUGGACUCGUAUUUUUUGUCAUGUUUACCUGAAUAUCAGUAACUGUCCUAUAGUUAUUGCUGUGGUGUUGUUUUCAGUAUGCAGUACUGUCUUGUACCAGUGCACUGAUAGAUGACCUAUCCUCUUGCAGUACUGUGAAUGUAGCAGAAACAGUGAAACGCUGCUGUCAGAUGAAGAACUCAUCCUUCCUAAUAAAUAUGUUGACAGCGCGAGAGCGGGAAACUGGCUCGCUUCCCACUGAUUCCUCUGUUAGUUCCUGAAUGAGCUCUGAAGUUUUUGAGACUGUCAUCUCGAAUAGAAUAAUCAAAAGAAUCACACCAAAACCGGAGUAAUGAGGCUUUUCAUUUGACAGCAGCUUAUAAAAACAUUUCCCUUUGAAUCUAUUUUAAUGUAAGAUGUGUUUUUUGCUGCCUUUAUCCUGCAUGCUUCGUCCUUCACGGCUGUAUUCUCUGGCCAGACAUCUCUGUUGCUUUUUUUUUUAUUUUUUAUGUAGCACGCCAAAUUAUCAUUUAUUUAGGAAACAUGUCUUGGAAUUCCAGACAGAGGAAAUGUUCCUGUUUUUUUGUGCCUGUUGAGAGAUGAAUUCAGACUUGCUGUGCCAUAUUGCUAACUGCUGGUUUGUCAUUGAAUGAGACUCCUCCCACUGCUGGUAUUUAUUUUUCCUGUAUAAAUACAUAAAUGGAUGCUGGUCCUUCUGUUUCACGCCUCGCCUGACGCAGGAUGUUUGUUGUUAUGCAGAAUGAUGUCAUGCUAUUUCUUGUUCCCAGAUGAUUCCUCAGUAUUAAAUGCAGCAGGCAUCUUUCUAUAAUGUGGUCUGAUUAAAAAAUUACGUGACUAAUAAGAGUGAAACUGAAAAAAAAAA